AUGACAGAAAGCCCCAAUAGCUUCGAUCGUCGGAACUCCACCCUGUCCGAUUCAAUAUCAGAAGCCCGUAACUCCAUCCGAUCGUCGACAGACGACUUGUUUCUGCCCCGCGUAUCCAAAGGUGACGAUGUGCCAGAAGAAUCGCAUUGGCACUCAACACCCCUCGGCCUGGCCCUGCUGCCUGCGAUCGCGGGCGUGUUCUUCCAGAAUGGCAGUUCCAUCGUGACCGACGUCACCUUAUUAGUCUUGGCUGCCAUCUUCCUCAACUGGUCCGUCCGAUUGCCUUGGGACUGGUACCGAUCGGCCCAAGCGACCCGAAGUGGACUCGACGAUCAGACCCCCUUCGAGGAAGAUUCAUCCUCAGAGGCCGCCGCAGCGCGCAAAGAGCUCCAGACUCACGAGCUCGCCGCCCUAACGGCAUGCUUUGUCUUCCCGGUCAUUGGGACCUGGCUCUUACACGCCAUCCGAGGCAGUCUCUCCCGUCCCUCCGAAGGCCUAGUGUCAAACUACAACCUGACCAUCUUCCUCCUAGCCUCGGAAGUGCGUCCUAUCGCCCAUUUGCUCAGACUAAUCCAGAAACGCACCUUGUAUCUUCAACGCAUUGUAACAUCCUCGCCACCCAGUGAGCCAACCACUCUGGCAGACCUGACCAAGCGACUCGAAGAGCUAGAGGCCCAUGUCGCAGAGACAGCGACCCGAGAGAAGAAAGUCGCAGGCCCCGAGACUGAUUCGUCGCUUGUAUCGCAGGCGGUCGCUGAGAUCCGCAAGUCCAUCCAGCCGGAUAUCGAGGCUCUCAAUCGCGCUGUGCGGAGGUAUGAGAAGCGCUCGUCGCUCUUUGCGCUGCAGACCGAUCAGCGGUUUGUGAGGCUGGAGGCGCAGGCUGGGGACGCGAUUGCGUUGGCGGCGGCGGCGCAGAGGAGCCAGGCGGCUAGGUCGGGGUAUGCCCUUGUUUUGUUGGAGUGGGUGUGUGCUUUUGUGGUGGUUCCGGUGCAGAUUGGGGUGUCGGCUGUGGGUUUACCGGGGAGGUUAGUCGCCGGGAGUCUGGAUGCCGUCAAGGGUAUGCUCGGGUUCAAAGGGAAGUCUAAGGCCAGGCCCAAGGGGGAAACGGUGGCUGGGUCGUCUUCGGCACGACAAGGAGGAUCAGCGCAGAGAAGGCCCAUGAAAAGUGGUUAG